GAGAACGUCUUACGAACUGCUGUAGCUUCCUCCUUCUCAUGUCCCCUCGCCUGAUAGCUUUGCCUCGUAUUGUUGCUUCCAAAUUCCAAUUGCGUCGGAAACCUCUGACACCGGUGCUCAAUACAUAUCAUCAUGGCUACUAAUAGCACGCUGAAAAAGGUCGCUCUCUUUGGGCUCAACGGCCAAGUUUGCACCGGAUACAAGAGUCGUCAGGGUCGGCGACAACUAUCCCAAGACGAGAUCCUCGACGUCUUUAAGGGCCAUGAUGCCGUUGUGCUAUCCUUGAACUACAUGGCCGAGAUGCAGCAUCACAACAUGCUGGUGGAUGCUUCCUUGGAGGCGGGCGUCAAGCGGCUGAUUCCAUCCAUCUGGGGCGGCCGGCUGGACCUCCCCGAGGCUCUGGAGAUCUUCCCCAUCGCGGCUUCUAAAGGCGCCUUGCUUGACUAUGUCAAGUCUAAAGCGUUACCAGCCCCGGGCUGGAGCUAUACGGCAGUGGCCUGUGGCCUCUUCCACGACCUCUGCGUCCUGACCAACUUCUACGGCUUCGAUGCUGAGGUACAUACGGCGACGAUCUAG